GGGGCCGGGGGGGUCCCGGGGGUCGCGGGGCCGGGCGGGGUUCGGGGGGUCCCGGUGGCCCCGCUGACCCUGCCCGGCCCAGGUCCCCUCAUGCCGCCGACCGUGGCCGUCGUGGGCGGCGGCAUCAGCGGCCUGGCCGCCUGUUACCACCUGGUCCGCGCCCCCCGCCCGCCCAAGGUGGUGCUGCUGGAGGCCAGCGGCCGCUUCGGGGGGUGGCUGCAGAGCACCAGGACCCCCGAGGGGGCCGUGUUCGAGCACGGCCCGAGGGGCGUCCGCCCGGCGGGGGCGGUGGGAGCCGAGACCCUGCACAUGGUGUCGGAGCUGGGGCUGGCCGGUGACAUCCUCCCUGUCCCCGGGGACCACCCGGCGUCCCGAAACCGCUUCCUGUACCUGGGGGGGGCCCUGCACCGCCUGCCCUCGGGGCUGGGGGGGCUGCUCCGGGCCGUCCCCCCCUUUUCCCGGGCGCUGCUCUGGAGCGGGGUGCAGGACCUGGUGACCCCAGCGGGGACGGAGCCAGACGAGAGCGCCCACGCCUUCGCCCGCCGCCGCUUCGGCCCCGAGGUGGCCGAUGUGGCCGUGGACAGCCUGUGCCGGGGGGUGUUCGCCGGGGACAGCCGCGCCCUGAGUGUCCGGUCCUGCUUCCCGGCCCUGUUCCAGGCCGAGCGGCGCCGCGGCUCCGUCCUGCUGGGGCUGGCACUGGGACACGGGGCGGGGUCGCGGCCCGAGCCGGAGGCGGGGCUGGUCCGGCGAGCGCGGGCCGAGCGCUGGAGCCAGUGGUCACUGCGGGGGGGGAUGGAGACCCUGGCGCGGGGCUUGGUGGCCUUCGUGUCCCCCCGCGGGGCCGAGCUGCGCUGCCACGCGCCCCUGAGGCACCUGUGCCACCGCCGCGGCCGCUGGCAGCUCACCUUGGCCGAUGGCACCAUCACGGCCGACCAUGUGGUCAGCGCCCUCCCGGCCGCAGCCCUGGCCGAGGCGCUGCCGGCCGAGGCGGAGCCGCUGGCUCGGGAGCUCCGGUGCAUCCCGGCCGCGUCCGUGGCCGUGGUCAACCUGCAGUACGAGGGGGCCACGCUGCCCGUCACGGGUUUUGGCCACCUGGUGCCAUCCUCGGAGGACCCGGCGCUCCUGGGCAUCGUCUACGACUCCGUGGCUUUCCCGGAGCACGACGGGACCCCCGGGACCCCCUCGCUGCGGCUCACGGUGAUGCUGGGAGGCGCCUGGUUCCGGCAGAGCUUCGGGGACCCGGCGGCCGCGGCUCCGGAGCUGCUGCUGCGCCGGGCCCGGGCGGCCGUGCGCGACCACCUGGGGCUGGCCGGGACCCCCGCCCGCGCCAUCGUCAGGGUGCAGCAGGACUGCAUCCCCCAGUACACGCUGGGACACUGGGAGCGCCUAGAGCGGAUCCAGCAGUUCCUGAAGGAGCAGGAGCUGCCCCUGAGCCUCAUCGGCGCCUCCUACGCCGGGGUCUCCGUCAACGACUGCAUCGCCAGCGCCAAGGCGGCCGUGGGGCAGCUUUUGGGGUCCCCCCCCUAAGCCUCGACUCCCCCGGGGUCCCCUCGGCCACCACCGUAGGACAAAGUAAAUUUUUUUUAUUGAAAAAACCCCUUAGAAAGGUC